AUUUCUCCUGAAGAUGCGCCAUGCUUUGCGCUUGACUUCAAAGGUCGAGGGCCGGUUGAAGCACCAUAACCCAAAGCGGAAUUCGAUCGUCUCCCUCUCCUGCGAUCUCGCUUCCCUCCUGCAAUCCUGCAAUCGGACUUCCCAAAUCGCCCAAGUUCAUGGCUUUAUGGUCACGAAUGGUCUGCAACACGACCCUUUCUCCGUCAGCAAGCUUCUCGCUUCGUCAAUACAAGACACGCAAUAUGCGGCCUCCAUAUUCGAGAAUUUCCGAGACCCAAAUCUGUUCAUGUUCAACACUAUGCUUAGAGCCUAUUCCAUUAGCGGAACACCCUGGAAGGCCUUUGGUGUUUUCAAUAACUUGAGGGCUCGAAGCUUCUUGCUCGAUCAGUUCUCCUUCAUCACGACCCUUAAAGCAUGCGCGCGCGAAUUGGCUGAGGAAAACGGGCAGGCGAUACAUGGACUUGUGUUGAGAUCUGGGCAUUUAUUGUUUGUGGAAGUUAAGAAUGCACUUUUGCACUACUAUGGUGUUUGUGGGGAAAUCGGACACGCCCACAAGUUGUUUGAUGAAAUGCCAGAGGAGAAUGAUCUUGUAACGUGUAACACAAUGAUGGCUGCUUAUAUGCAAGCUUCUCAACCAGAUAUGGCGUUGAAAUUGUUCAGGGAGGGGGUCAGGUGUGGCCAGGGAGUCAGCGAGACCUCAUUGUUGUCCGUUCUGUCGGCUCUCGGUGAAUUUCAGGAUUCACGUGGAGGCGAGUCCAUUCAUGGCCUUUGGAUAAAGGUCGGCUUCCAUUCUAAUAAGAACGUUGUGACUGCUCUUAUUGACAUGUAUGCAAAAACAGGUAGUAUAGAAUCAGGACGUAGGCUUUUUGAUGAGACCAGGUCUAGAGACGUUGUCCUGUGGAACUGCAUGAUAGACAAAUAUGCAAAAGCUGGGCUGCUAGAUGAAGGGAUAGCUCUGCUAAAGCUGAUGAAAAGUGAACGAGUCAAUCCAAAUUCCUCCACUUUGGCAAGUCUACUCUCAGCCUGUGCUUCCACCGGAUCUAUCAAACUUGGCCGGUACUUAAGUAGCUUCGUCGAACUAGAGGCAAUGAAGCUGGAUGCAGUUCUCGGUACAGCUUUGAUCGAUAUGUUCGCCAAGUCUGGGUUUCUAGACAAAGCCGUCGACAUCUUCCAGCGAAUGCAGAGCAAAGAUGUCAAGUCCUGGACUGCCAUGAUCUUAGGUUAUGGAGUUCAUGGGCAGUCGAGCAAUGCUGUUGCUCUCAUGUACAGAAUGGAGGAUGAAGGAUACAGGCCAAAUGAGGUCACUUUCUUGGCUGUACUAAGCGCUUGUAGUCAUGGCGGGAUGGUGAAAGAAGCAAUGGAAUGCUUUCGGAGGAUGGUUGAACGAUAUGGUUUUUUACCCAAAGCUGAGCACUACGGUUGCAUUAUUGAUCUCUUGGGUCGUUUGGGAUUGUUGAAGGAAGCACAAGGCUUGAUCGAAAGGCUGCCACCAAUCAAGAGAGAUGCCACUGCUUGGCGUGCAUUACUUGCAGCCUGCAGAGUGUAUGGAGAUAUUGAGUUAGGGGAACGUGUGAACAGAGUAUUGGUUGAAAUGGAUGAUCAACAUCCGACUGAUUCAAUGCUUCUAUCAGGUACUUAUGCCAUAGCUGGAAGGUUGGGAGAUCUUGGGAUCUUUCUGGAGACAACAGAUGAGCGGGUAGAUACCAAGUUUAGGUAUAAGUCAAUAGGAAAGCAAGAAAAGAGGGUUAAAGAAGCUGGAUGUAGCAUGAUUGAGGUUGACCGGGGAUGAAAACAUAUUUGGGCUUGAACUUCAUGCAACCAUGUUUCUUUAGUAGAAAAAUGGGGGAGUAAUAGGUUGUAUGGAUGUCAAUUGCGGAAGACCUUCGUUAUAGUUUUUCUAUAGGUUGAUAGUUUGGCAGAGCGCUCAUGGCAAGAAGCUGAGUGUGCAAAGUGGUGUCAAUCCAUUGAAGACGGGAGACGACUUUAUGAUUUGAUCGAUGGGAAGAUUUGCCACCUAUGUAGGUCAGUGGGAUCCUUCACAUGGUUCAAGUUUUCUAUUAGUGAUGCUUUGUAGUAUCUGAACUGUGAAUCUUUUCACACUAUUUUGCAAGUUAUUGAAUUUUCUAAUAUAAGUUGUUCAUAUGGUUACUGCUGGUAUCUUGGUACAUCUACUGCCAUAACUAGAAGUUAGCAGUGUAAAAGUUUAUUAAGAUCCCUCAAUUUUCUCUCCCUCAAGCUCCCUUGUGAUAAAGAGUUGUCGAGGAAAGCUAAAGAAAUGUGUGCUUAAUGUCGAACGGGUUUAGAGGAGAUGAAGUUAUUUAGAUGUUCCGAGUUAUAAAGCUUAUGCUACUACUCCUUUUGAAGAGUUUGGGAGGAUAAUCGAAUUUUUAACAGUCUACAGUCUCCGGUUAACGCUGUGUAUGCUUAUUGUGUUUCCUACUCCCUAUUACAAGAUGAAAUAUCCAUUUGUGCAGGCAGAAAACUGUUGGUCUUCGCACUGUGUUGCAGUUGUGAGAUGGUCUAAGGACAGUUCAUUGGAGAUUGUUUGUACACAAGGUAUGUUCCUCGCAUUUGCAUUGCCUUUGUUUGUGUAAAAUCAGCUCUGCUGGUGUUUUCAGCAAGUGUAGUUACCAAGCCUGGCACAUGUACAUGCUCAAUUACAAGUAUCAGCACUUAUUCCUCCGUCUUUCGAACAGAUAAUGGGAGCAUGUACUUGGAGCGUUGAAACUUCGAACUGGAUAUGCCACAUCUGCCUUGGUUGGGAGUUUGCAACUGCAGUUUCUGUUUGCAAUCCAAAGAGCUUGCUUUCACCGGAGCACUUCACAAGGAGGUAACUGAUCGCUGGAAAUCUGACCCUUGCUUUCUAUGUUGUUCAUAAUACAGUUGUAGAGUUGGUGUCUCUAUCUCCUUGUUAAUUUGUGUAAUAUCUUUGGUUUUCUCAAUCUUUUUUCCAGAUAGCAAACUUGGGCUACAAGUCAGUUGCACCCUGUCUCCAUCCAAACCCAACAACCAGAAAACAAAUGUUGCACAUACCACAGGGCCCUGACAGUGAAGAUUCUGCUAAAAGGCCACCUGCAUUUUCAACAACAAACCUUUCAAUUUCUCAAAGAUACUGGAAAGAUGAAAAACCAGUAACGAACUAAUGCAAUUCAGUUCAGUGCGGUCUGAUGUGGUUUUGUUUCAAAGGUCGUGGAACUAUACUUAGCCUUAGCCCUUUGAAUUUCCAUAUCAUUGUUUUCUCCUCUUUCCAAUUUAUUUUGGCUUCAUUUUUCACGACAUAUAUAAGUAGUUACAACCGAGGAUUGUGCAAAAUCUAAGUGAAUUGACGUUGUUUAGACUAAGAAUUGUGUUUAAUUAAGUUUCAAUAUGAAACUGUCUUUCCAUUUUGCAUUGUUUUAUGUUUUAUUUUAAGCUUUCUAAGUUUAUUGUUUCUUCAAAUGCAACCGGGCAUACCUUAUCAAUGUAGUGUCAAGUUUUGCAUAUUUAAACCAAGAAAUGAUGAUAAUGAAUGAAAAGACAUGUUCUAGGGUUUCAUUUCCAACCAAAACCUUUCAGCAUGUUAUGAGAGUUUGGUUAGGAAAACUCCAAAAGGCGUCAAUCUACUUUGAUUUUUCUUGCCUUUCGUAGUUCGCAUAUUCGAGUUUUGAAGUGAUCUUCACUAUCUCCUAUUACGUUCAUCCACCUACCAUUGUGCGUUCCGACGAUGUUCAACUGUGUAAGCAUGUUGUUACAAAUAAAAAUGUGAGCACCGUAGUUGUAUCGUCUACUUAUUUUAUCAUGCCGGGCUUUAUUUAAAAGAAAAACAACACAUGAGCAACGCCAAAAAGGCAUAUGCAGCUUUGCAUGCACGUCCAGAUGACACUACUCCAUCCAACUUGAGACAAGGGUAAGAAAAAGAGAGAGAUUUGGUGGUCAAUCAUUUCUAAAGCAUGUCGAUGUAAAACAUGGAUUAUGAACAGAAGCCAUUGGAAAAGCUCUUCCUAAUCUACAAGUGGUGUACUUAACAUUCCUAAUUGUAGUGGAUGGAUUGUUUCACAUCCCAUCAUAGUGCUAUCAAAACCCACUUAGAAUUGUUGCGUUGAGAAGUAAAAAAUGGUAAUUUGGAUACAUGUUAAUUCCCUUUUGUAGGAUAAAAAGAAAAAUCCUAAUCUGUACUAAAAAUCAAAAUGGAGCACAAUGUUCCCGAUUAUAAAGAGUCAUGCAAGAACCAAUUUAACAUAAACACACAAGAAGAUUCUAACACAUGAACACUUCAUAAAAAAAUAAUAUGAGUUGGAAUUCAACAAAUAACUAAUGAUUUUCGAUGAUCAAGUUGAACACUCAAACAUAUAGUGGAAAAUGCUGGAAAUCUCUAAUAUGAUGGGUGAUGGAGCAAGCAUGAUUUCAUUCAACCAUUCUAAUUAAUCGAAUAACAAUUCAUAAGUCAGUCCAGAGAACCAAUCCCUAAAAACCUCAAAUCUUUUUCUAAAAAAGCAUUUUUAUCUCAUCACUUAUGUACCAUUAUCAUUCGAGAACACAUAUCGAAAGUCGGAAUGGAAGGGACCAACAUUAAUAAACUAGUUACACAAACUUUCUAUUGAGAAAUUAUAUCCAAAGCAGUAAAAUCGAAAAUGGGGGUAAAAUCGGAAUCGUAAAAUCGUAGAAUUUUAAGGUCCAUAUAAAAACGAAGACGAAAUAAUAUUAGUAAGGAAAAUCAUGAAUAACACAAAAGCACAUAACACUUACAAUGAUAAUUUUUCAAGGUUAAUGUUAAGAGGUCGUGAAUCGAUGAUGACUAAUAGGUUGAUGUGAAUUGAUUAUAAUCAAUGGUGAUUAGUGUGAGAGAACUAGAUGAUGUUGGUGAAGGAGAAGAAAAAGAGGCGUAAUUUUGAAAAUUCUGGGGGAAAUAUGUAAAAUUGACUCUAAGAUUUGAAUCUUAAAAUCGUAAGAUUUUGAAGAUUUUAAGGAUUUAAAUCGUGAAUAGUGUAGGAUUUUAAGGUCCAUAGAUUUUAUAGUGAAAUCAAUAUCGGAAUAGGUAAGUAAAAUCGUAAAACAGUAUGAUUUUAGGAUUUAAAUCAGAAUUUUGACUAAUUAUAUCAUUAUCAAUCAUCAUCCAUCCUAUGGACUAGACCACUAGCUACUACUAUCAUGUUAAUUAUGAUUAUCUUCCAAAUCAAACGAAGUGCUCUCGUCAAAACCUCACCAAUUUCUCCAUAAAAGUAUACUUCAAAAGGUGAAUAAAACCAUCAUUUCGCUUUGCAUGGUGACAAUACGCAAAGGGACACAAGAGGUACAAAUCAAACCAACCACUUCCUCUCCUCUUCUCUCCCUUUCUUUCUUGGGCAAAGUAUUGAUAUUUUAGACUUUUAGUUUAGUUCUUCUAUGCAAAGUAUUGAUAUUUUCACCCAAAAGAAUUUUCUACCAUGAGAGCAUAAUUGAUUAAUAAGUGGGUGUGGGGUGCCGGUUGGGUUAAUUGAAACCAUAAAAAAAUAAAAAACUGAACUAUGAUGUUUACCCAAAAGCAAAAUUGAACCUGUUAAAAACUUAUUGGUUAACCAAAAUUUGAUAAAAUUUUAUUGGAUUCAGUUAGAACAAACGGGAAAUUUAAACCUCUACAUUCUCAAUUAAAACCAAAACUCUCUACACUGCUCAACUAAUAAUUACGGGUUCAAUUUCUUUUAUGUUUUUCGGUUUAACUUAGAACCAUUGAUAUACAAACUGGGUUGGAAAACGAAAACUCAUAACCGCUAUCCCAGCCCUAGGUGUCAUCAAUGGAACUCUGGAGAUAUAAUAUUUUAUGUUUAACAUUGUCUCGUGAAAAAUAUAACCUACACGAGCUGCCAAUUAAGUAGUAUAGCUUGAUUCGCCCUAUUAUCAUGAUUAAGUUGACAAUCAUGAUGACUAGACAUUCAUUAUAGUUGUGAAUCACUCAGCUUAAAAACUAAUAAGUGGAUUAGGCUAAUGAAAUUUUGGACAUGAAGGGUUUGAGUUAAAUGCUAUUAUGUUGUUCAUCGGAGAGAAUACAAACUAUGAGAGAUAUAUUAAUCAGACAAUAUCCAUUGAUUCAUAUAUUAUAAUGAUUGAGCUAACGAUUAUAGUGAUCAGUUGAUUAUCUUCGAUUGUGGAGCACUCGAUCGUUAUGGAAGUGAAUAACUAUGACCCAUAUUUUUGUUCAGUCAACCGAAAUUAUGGUUAUAGAUAGCAAAAGGGUAUUUUGGCUUUCUCCAAUAGCUAGUUGACUGAUUGAUUAACGUUAUUUAUGGUUUUAUUUCUAUCCAACUUGGAUUAGGAAAUUAUGAAGGAAACAAAUAAAGAGCUCAAGCAUCCGAUCAGUAUCAUAAAUUCAUAAUGAUAUUAUGCACGUGGAUUAACUGGCUUCCAUGUCUCCCAUUUAGGGGCGUAGGCAGGGAUUUUGGUAAGGUGGGUCGAAUAGUAAUAUAGGUUCCGAUAAGCGAUAAUAGGUAACCUGAAUCAGAUGAUGAGAAAUAGUAAUAUUCUUAUUUUCACGAUCAAGUUGCCAGCAACAUCGUCUUCUAGCCAACCACCUACCCAUUAACCACCAAGGAAACUCCGUCGAUCUGGGAGGACGAAGAGGUGGUAGUCCCGAUAGUGUGUGCCUCUGCUUCUCCGAUUUGCUCCUAAAAUCUUACAGAUAUCUUGUCAUGUUAUUUCUAGGUUUUACCAAGAUAAGCUUUGAAGAUCAUUAGAAAAAUGAGACUUUGAUCCGAAAAGUCUACCCUAAUUGACUUCAAUUGAGUUUUUAUAUGCAGUAAAGAGAAGCCAAUCGACCACAAAUUUAAACUCAAGCCCACAUAUCUAGGAGAACUCGUUUUUCUAGCAAGCCCAUCAAAAAACAAUGUGUUAAAGUGAUAUUUAAACCCACUUUCACUUCACUUUACAACCUACAACUAAUUUUAAAACGCAAAUGUUUUCAUUAAACACAUAAACAAGGUUCCCUUUAUAUAUGUUUCGAUCAAAGCAGCAGCUUAUGCAAGUUUGGACCAAGAACAGAGUAUGAACACAAAAUAAAAUAUGAAGAACUGAAAAAUCUAUUACUUGUCUGUGUGUUGCAAAGCCAAGGUGGUGCAGCCGACCCACCUUAGUCUGCUCUGUCUCCACCCCUGCUCCCAUUAGUACAUGUUUAUGAUUUUUUUUUGUAAUUUCCAUUUACCCAUUAAUCCAUUAACUAAUGAAGUUUAAGGGGGCAAGUCGCAAAUAACGUAACAGGAUUAAGGCUUCCAAAUUGUCUUGAUGACGGCUCUUGACUAAGGUUUUGAUUGCUUUCACCCUUGGCCAUCCAUUGAAUCAAUCCCAUUAACUCCCACAAAUUAAUUUAAAGCUUCCUUGAUUAUGAAGCAAUGGCCAAUAGUCCAACCUGCUAUCUGGAUACUAGUUUGUGAUGUUUUGAAUACUAGUCUGUGCUAUCUAUAUACUUUAGUAAAAUCAGCAUAUUGGA